AUGUGGCCGAGCACUGUUCCAGGGGCGCCUUUGGGUGUGGUGCCAAGAGAGCCCACACGGUUGCCACCAUUGACAGGUGAUGGAGACGAGGAGGCCAAGCGCGGCACCCGACCCCGCAGAGGUGCGAAUGAUAUGGCCUCCUUGUCGCGGAAACGUCGCGACCUGGCGCUGGCGAACCGCGAGCACGCCAUGCUCACCUUGCCUGGAACCUUGUUGAAGUCGCCCAAACUACGCCAAAGCCCCGCCCUGAUGGAGCCAGAGCGUUUGGCCGCACCAGGCGAUGGAGCUGAAGAGCCUCCUCCCGACGUUUCGGAAGGUCAGAAGGAGAUCCAGCGCCUACAAGAGGAGCUGCGACUUCGAUCGGCCGAAGCGGAGCAGUACAGGGCGAGCUUCAAAAAGAAGAGUGAGGAAUAUGAAGGGUGCAAGGUCCUGUUAGACGUGGCCCAAGCCGAGUUGCAUCUUUGCCAAGAGCGUCUUCACAAGCAGUCCCCAGCACCACCGAUGCUCAAGCAGCGCCGUCUGAAGGGUGUCGGGAUCUAUGCCAGCGAGCGGGAGGUGGCUGAGGAAGUUGCCGCUUGGUCGGUGUCUUUGACCCUGACCCGGGUCAUGCGAGCCAUACAGGCCCAACGAGGAGAAGAGGAGGAGUUAAAGACUGCGGAAGGUUUGGCCAUCAAGGUGAAGCGACAGCAGGAACUCCUGAGGGCUUCAGAGGUGAAGAUUAGAAGGCUCGAAGAGAGGUGCCAACGACAACAGGAAAACUUUCGAUCCCAGUUGGCUGCAGCCCAAGCGGAGAAUGAUGAGGAAGUGGAGGCAGCCAAUGCCCAGCUGAAAGAGCUCGAGCAAGAGCGGGUGAGGGCCGAGAAGCACUUCCGGUCACGGCUGGCUGCGGCGGACUCCGAGAACGACGCGGAAGUUCAGGCUGCCAAUGCCAAGAUGAUGGAGCUUGAGCGAGAGCGAAUCAGAGCAGAGGCAAAGAUCAAGUCCCUGAAAGAGAAAGACUUGCGGCAACAGGAGAACUUCCGAUCGCAGCUGGCUGCAGCCCAUGCAGAGAAUGAUGAGGAAGUCGAGGCGGCCAAUGCCAAGAUGGCGGCGCUCGAGCAGGAGCGCAUCAAAGCAGAGGCAAGGAUCUUGUCGCUGAAAGCUAAAGAGCACCAGCAGCAGGAGAAGUUCAGGGCACAGCUGGCCGCCGCCCAAUCUGAGAAUGAGGAAGAACUCCAGGCCGCCAAUGCCAAGAUGGAAGAGCUUGAGCGGGAGCGAGUCAAAGCCGAGGAGAGCUUCAGAUUGCGUCUAGCUGGUGCCCAAUCUGAGAAUGAUGAAGAAGUGCAGGCGGCCAACGCCAAGAUGGCAGAGCUGGAGCAAGCACGUACCAGGGCAGAGGCAAGGAUCAAGUCGCUGAAAGCGAAAGAGCAGCAGCAACAGGAGAGCUUCAAAGCACAGCUAGCAGCAGCUCAAUCUGAGAAUGAUGAAGAACUCCAGGCAGCCAAUGUCAGGAUGGAAGAACUUGAGCGGGAACGAAGAAAGGCAGAAGACUGCCUUAGCCGCGAUAUAUAG